GCCGGAAGCCGGUAUAAGAUGCCUGUCGGGAGCUGGUGAGGUGUUUACUUUGGGCCGGGGCGCUCCAGUGCGACCAUGGACCGGAGGAAAAAGCCCUUGGACGUCACGGCGUCCUCGUUGGUAGACCUUAAGGCUGAACUCUUCCGAAAACAAGAAGAAUUCAAACAAGAAAAACUUCUAAAAGAUGCUGGAGUUUUGGGGAAACCAAAACCAACUACUAAGAAACCAAGUAUCUGGAGCAGACAAAACACAGGAGUUUCUAAUCGAGCUGAGAAGGAUGCUGAACAGAAGAUUGAGGAACAGAAGACUUUGGACAAAGCGAGGGAGAAAUUGGAAGAAAAAGCCAAAUUAUAUGAAAAAAUGACUAACGGAGACUUUAUAGAUGAAGAAGUGGAGGAUAUGUACCUUGUGGAUUUCACACAGAAGAUCAUAGACAAACACAAAGAAAUGGAAGAGAUUGGUGCCAAUAGAGAUUAUAGAAGGACAGAAAGAGACGAUGACGAAGAAACCGUUUCUGAAAAAGAUAUCCCUCCUCCCCAGGACCCCAGUGAAGAAUGGGUGGAUUAUGUGGAUUCUUUAGGGCGAUCCCGGCGCUGUAUGAGAAAGGAUUUGCCACAUCUGCUGGAAAUGGAUAAAAAUCUUCAGGGGAGGCUUUUCGUUAGUCCUGCAAAUGAAAAAACCUUACUAUCUGAAGAUAUGAGAAAAGAACUCCAGCGCCAGCAAUGGGAGGAAGAAGAGAGGGAGUCCCUGAGAAGGCCAAUGGGGCCCGUACAUUACGAAGACAUUCGUGAAAAUGAGGCCCGGCAACUUGGUGUUGGAUACUUUGCCUUUGCCCGAGAUAAAGAGUUGAGAAACAAGCAGAUGAAAACUUUAGAAAUGCUGCGUGAGCAGACAACAGAUCAGAGAACAAAACGAGAAAAUAUAAAGGAAAAGAGAAAGGCUAUGUUAGAAGCAAGACUUGCCAAACUCCGACAAAAAAAGAUGAAAAAAUCAAAAGAGGAUGGAGCAGAGGAAGAAGAUAGAGAUGGAGAUGUUAUUGGGCCAUUGCCACCAGAACCAGAGGUCAUGCCAGCUCCUCAUACAGCUGCCCAGAGUAGCAAAGUCGAAGUCAUCGUACAGGAGAGGAAGGAUACCAGGCCUGGGGUGCCGCACAUCCGCGAGUGGGACAGAGGAAAAGACUUUUCCUUUGGGUAUUGGUUGAAGAGGCAAUCAGAUCUCCGGGCUGAGAGAGACCCUGAGUUUGCCCCACCAUCGAAUUACUUUGUGGACCAAAAAAGAACUGGUUCUCUGAGUAGCCAGGCAUGGAACAGACCUGCACCUGCACAGAGUGACCCGGGGCAGCACUCUGGCCAGAGCCAUGACCCCGGCUCUUCACAUACAUCAUCCACUUCAGCCCCCAGCGGCCCACCGCAAGCCCAGGCGGUCACUUUUGAAACCCUGGAUGAUAUGAUUUCAUAUUAUAAACAAGUGACAUGAACUUAAAAACACUAUAACUUGGGUCUGUACUGUUGACGGUGCCUUCCUCCCAGAGCAGAGAAAAUAACUUAACUUUAGGGACUGAAUUGUAACUUUCUCUUCCUGUCUUUUCCUUGAAGAUCCAGACUUCAGGCUGUAUUUGUCAGCAGCAGGGAAGAAAGUGAAUGGUACUGUGGGAACUCUGGCCACUUAGCUGUUCAUUUCAUUCUAAUUGGUAUGGAGAUACCAAUUCAUCUGGAUUUACAUAUGAGCUGAGAUAGAGUAAACAUACUCUGUAAUAUUUGAUACUAAGGAGUUUGUAAUCCUGUCUGCUUCAUACCCACUCCCAUGACUUACUCAGAUUUAAGGGUUCCACUCCUUUCCUUUUGCCAGUACUAGCUUGUAGAUGUCUUUGUUCCAAGCAUUCAGCUUCCAGGUCAUUUGGUGGAGCAUCUGUCAGGAAGAAUUUUGGCCUGUCAAAUGGUGGCACAUGAGGGUACAGUGGGAGGCAAAGUGAUCUAGUCUCCAGGAGGACCCUGACACUGAUGGAGAAUUAAGCAUGUCAUUUGAAAUGAUCAAGAAGACCAGGGAGGACUUCACAAUCCAGAAAGGUAGACAUUGACGUCACUUGUUCUUACUAUCACCCCUUCUUGAGUGGUGAUUAUCACAGCCACGCAUAGUGGGUGUUCAUUAAGUGUGUAUUGAGUGACGGGCACAUGUGGAGGUUGCUGGGCAUGGUAAGAGCAAGAGAUGCUCCUUAGCCACCAGGGUUGGUUUUUCAUCUCCGCCUGCCUCCCUGGUUCUUCCGCUCUGGGCCCUGAUCUCUCUCGGGAGCUGAGUCACCUCAGCCUGGGUGGGAUGGACUUGCGCUGGAGUGAGGGACAGCAAGGUCCUUUUGUCUUUACUAACAACGAGUGGGCGAGCAGAGCUCCAGAAGGACUUCCUGUGCCUGAGUACCGUUCCCGUCCUCUACCUACUACACCACAGUGUCCUCUUCACAGCUGCAGACAAGCAGUAGAAGUUGACCACCAGAUCCACAGGGCUGUUACAGCUGCCUCCCAGGCCAGUGAGUCUUGUAAGAAGGUGCUAGAGGAGGUCCUUGAAGCGCCUGCUGGAGCCCGUGGUCUCUGUCCCCACAGCACAGUGGUGUUGCUGGGAGCACCCCUGUUCUCAUUAUGGAUUGCAAGCUGGAGCACAGAGAGGGUCAGUGAUUCAUCACGUGAUGUCUAAGUGACAGAUGGUUUAGGUGCAGGUUUGCUUCAGACUCAUGUUUUCUUCAGCACCCUCUGCUCUCAGUCUUUUUCCCCAGUAUUGAGCAGUAACAGACAAAAUUCCAAAUUCUUGCAAACUUAACCUCUGAAGUCCAGAUCAAGGGUGGAGUUGCAAGACCUAUUAAAUGGUCAUUUUGUCAGCCUGAUCAGGCAAAUACCUCUCCUAACAAAAAUGAAAACCAACUGACCCAGCUGCCUUUUUCUGCAGAAAUUGACAAACUCAUCCUAAAAUUCAUAUGGAAUUGCAAGGGACCCAGAAUAUCAAAUAUUCAAAACAAUUUUGAAUAAGAACAAAGUUGGGGGACUCACUUCCUGAUUUCAAGACUUACUACAAAGCUACAGGGAUCAAAACAAUGUGGUACUGGACUUCCCUCUUGGCACAGUGGUUAAGAAUCCACCUGCCAAUGCAGGGGACACGGGUUCGAGCCCUGAUCCGGGAAGAUCCCACAUGCCGUGGAGCAACUAAGCCUGUGUGCCACAACUACCGAGCCUGCGCUCUAGAGCCCGGGCACCUAGAGCCCAUGCUCUGCAACAAGAGAAGCCACCACAAUGAGAAGCCCGCGCACCACAACUAGAGAAAGCCCGCAUGCAGCAACGAAGACCUAACGCAGCCAAAAAUAUAUAAAUAAAUAAAUUUAUAAAAAACAAAAAAUGUGGUACUGACAUACUGAUAAAUCACUGAAACAGAGUUGAGAGUCCAGAAAUAAACCCAUACAUCUAUGGUCACUUGAUUUUUUUGACAGUGGUGCCAAAAUCAUCCAGUAGGGAAAGAACAGUCUUCUACAGAUGGUUCUGGGACAGCUGACUCACCACAUGCAAAACAAUGGACUUGGACCCAUACCUCACACCACAUACAAAAGCACCUCAAAAUGGACCAAAGGCUUAAAUGUAAAACUGUAAAACCAACUGAAACAGCUUGUUGGACAAAAGGAGAGGAGACAAAAAGAAAAAUUGGAAUACUAAAAGGAAAAAACAAUUAUUAGAUAUCCUAGAAUCAUAAGGAAAAAUAGAAGAAAAGAGAAGGUGAAUAAUAGACAAGAGAAAGAUGGGAAGAGGGUGUGUUUAUAAGGUAGAGCAGAAGGACUCGAGAGGCAUAGUAUAGAGAAGGGAUGGGAAGACUAGUCAGGCAGCAACAAGCGCACAAGUAUAGGAGGCAGUGGUCGCGGAAGGGGCCCCCAAAUAACCUUUUGUCCUUGCCCAGGGCACCCAGGGUGGAUGGCAGAGCAGUCUGUGCACGUUGGCUCAGGGUCACUGUCGACUAAUAACUGUAAGUUGGAUAUUCUCUAGGACUUCAAAGACUGUGUAAGCCUUUUUCUAAUCCCCUUUUAACAGCAUAUGUUGAGUGUUUUGUGAGCCCAGUUUUAUCCUCUUCCGUUUCAGACUCAAGGUCUUUCAACGUUCACACAAUUCCAGUUUUACUGUUUCUUGUGGGCCUGUUUUGUAGGAGUGUGUCCAGCAGAUGGCACUGGAGUUCUUAGACUGCAGACCCGUGCUCUGGUAGCACUGCCCAGUAGAAAUGGGGUGUAAGCUGUGUGUGUCAGUUUCAGCUUUCUAGGAACCACAUUUAAAAAGUGAAAUUAACUUUGUGGUAUAUAGUCAUCCCUCUGUAUGUGCCAGGACCUGUCAUGGAAACCAAAAUCCGUGGAUGCUCAAGUUCCACAGGCGGCCCUCUGUACCCACAGUUCUGUAUCUGUGGUUUCAACUAACUGGAUUCUGUAGUGCUGUAAUAGUAUUGAAAGAUACGCGAGUAAGUGGACCCUCACAGUUCAAACCCAUGUUGUUCAGGGGUCAACUCUAUUUAAUCCAGUAUAUCCAAAAUAUUUCAACAUUUAAUCAAUAUACAAAACGUUUAAUGGGAUAUUUUGCAUUUCUUUUCACACCAAGUCUUCAAAAUCCACUGUGUAUCCACUUACAGCCCAUCUUAAUUCAGAUGCUAAAUUUUCAUCAGGAAUACUUGAUCUGUAUUUAGAUUUCAUAAAAUAAACAUUUGAAAGUAGAUUCAUAUACCCAGGUUCGUCCAAACAUACUUAAAACAUUUAAGAGUUUGCCAAUAACUGAAUUGAUUAUCAAGUUUUAAAUUUAAUAUUAAAAUGUAGUUCCUUAGUCAUACUAUACCACAUUUCAGAUGCUCAAAAGACACGAGUCUAGUGCUACUGAAUGCACAGCACAACUCUAAAUCAUCUGUUUUUACAUGUUUUGUGGUCUGACUAUACAUAACUCUCCUGUUAGUAACUAAAGGACUGGCAAACACAUCUCUUCCGCGCAUACAUUAAGCAUUCACGCUACUCCUAUGGCUUGUUUGACUUGGGAGCCAGCAGUGCUGAAAUCUUCUAUCAGAAAGCAUGACCCCACCUCAUUCGUGGCAUUGUGGAGCUAAACGAAAUGUUUUGGAUCAGAAAUUGCUUUGAAUUACUUGUUUUCAUUGUAAUCUUUUCUCCAGGCCUUUGUGUGUUUUGAUACAGUUCGUUUCAAUUGGCUAAAUAAAUCAUUUUGUUUGCUUGCACAGCUCCCAAAGGAGAAACUUUAAAUCCAUAUACAUGAGAUUCCUGCUAUGUUUAGCCGUGCAUUUGCCGAAGACUUGUGGGAUAAUUUAUUUCCUCUUAAAGCCGUAGUGCAGCCUGGGAGAUGGCUAUCAGCUGACCUUGUUGUGACACACAGAUGAGGCAGUAGAAUUUAGAAUUUGGAAUGGACGUGGGUACUGGUCUUUACAGUUAAUACAACACAGAGUAGCCACGCCAUAUGUGUUUAAUUUUUUUUCAGCCAGAAAAUUGAACUAAGUCAGUUAUAUGUCAGGCAGUUCCUGUAAAAAACUAUAUGGCUAAGGUAAGUCGUGAUAAUUGAAAAGAAUUUGUUAACCUGCUGAAAACCAUGAGAGAAAAUGAAACUCCCCUGGUCUUGGCACCUGCCCUGCUGGCUGGUAGGUGGUGAGGCAUUUGCUGGUGUGGACCUGGACAUUGGCUUAAUGUUCAGAGCAUGUGUGUGGGGCGGGGCAGAGUGGGGAGAACAGUGGGAUGGUGUAGAUCAUUGUCUAGGAAAUGGGAAAACCAGAACAAUCAAAAGAAGCAGGGUGUUUUAGUGAAAACCUGUCACCCAGGCUGAGUAUUGAUCUUCUGUUACCGUUUCUCGGUAAAUCCCAGCUGUUCGUGUAACCAUGCCCAGUAAAUGUAUGUCUGUCCAGUGAUGGGAGUGGUCACCAAUAUUACUUGUUUUCUACCCUCUAUUUAAACAGCAUCUUUCCCCACUACAUUUCUAACUGCCAUGUUCUCUCCAACUCUAAGCUCAUCUGCUAGGUGGUGGUUUUGACCGGUUGUAAAAACCUUCCCUGGGGUACGAUGCGUUCUGUUUCUAUUUGGUCGUUAUCAGCAAGUAAGCUUCCCUGAGCUUGAACACGGGUGUAGCUCUUGACCUCUCAGUCCCCACACCACUCCUCUCUGCACAGUCUCAGUUGUUCAGGGUUGAUAUGGAAACCAGGAAACACAAGAAUGGGCCCUGCUCCCAGCCCAGGUCUCCCAGGUCACAAGCCUGUCUGAGAACAUGCUGCUUUCUUUUCAGGGACCCUUGUUUAUUGUCUUCUUUCCUAAAGUGUCAUCUUUACCUUAAAACUGAAAGACUUUGUAUCUCUGCUUCCAAUUAUGAUCAGCAUAGGUGUUUAUGGGAUGUGUAAUCAAUGUAGACCUACCAUUUGUGUGUUUUUUUUAAAUUUAACAUUUCUCAAAACUGAGCUCAAGUUAUUUUUUUGCUGCCUUAUACUUCAUAUUAAUCUGCGUCGUUGUAAAACAGUUCCUCAGUUGUUGGCUGGCUACGUUAUUUCACUGUUAGGAAUGAAGUGGCUAUAAGCAUCUAUUUGUUUGGUUUGACCACAUUUGAAGAACUAUCUUCCCUCCUCCUUUUAAAACUGUUCCCUUGCGCAUUACUUUCAGAACUAAAAUCACUGGGUCAAAGCACUGAUCAUUUUUUUGUCUCCCGAUGGGUCUUGCUGGGAGACUCAUCUUAAUGGCCCUUUGGCGCCACAGUAGAUCCCCCUGGUGGAGGAUGCAGGUGGUUUGCAAGUGGAUUCAGCUCGAGGAAGAGCGGUGACUGAGGUUGCAGUCUCGAGAGCAAACCUUGCUGGGCAGCAGGCAGUUAAGCUUGAUCGUAUGCACGUGACCCCCCUCUCCUUCCUCUCAGAUCCACUUCUCUCCAUAGCUCAGCCCUUCUUCCUCUCAUCUGCUAGAGAAUUCGAGCAUCUGUCCAGAACGUUCUUUUAUAUAUUGAAUGGAGAGGACAGCGUCUAUUAGUUUUUCUAAUUCCAUUUCCACCUCUUGCGUGCAUCAGGUGCGGGCUUGUUCUCUUGCCUGUCCCAGCCUGAAGCUGCGCUUACUCACAGGUGGCAGUCACAUGGUUACAUCUGGACUCAUUGUCCUUAUCAAAAGCGUUCUGGUUAAAACCAGAGAGAGCCAGAGACUAGAGAAAAUAGCAAAGAAAGUCAGGACCAGAUUACUUGAAGGAGCAAAGUUUAAUUUUGGUUUUAAAUAUACAGCUGGAUACAACUUCUACCCAAAAAUGUAUUCUUGAAUCAGUGCCAGUAUGAGAAGGAAGUAUGCCCUUUUUUUUUCAAAGCCAUGCCUGAAUUUCCCCCUCAGCUUCCUUCUCUGUUGGGUGCCCUUGGUUUUCCCACAGCCUGUUCAGAACUUUCCCACUUUUCAUCCUUGUUCUGCUUGCACCCCACGGUGUACCCCUGGGGUGCUGUGGGUACAGCUCUCCUCCUUGGCUAAUCCCACUGCAGUCGUAUUUCUCACACUCCUUCCCACCACACCGCUGGCCCCUGGGAGGAGCGCCCCACAGUAUAGGUGCCACCUCUGCUAGCAGUCCUGUGGUUUCCCAUCAUCUGCAAGAUGAAGCCAGGGUUCAGCGGUUUACACCAGCUCCUCUCAGCAGGCUGCUGCCCACCCCUCCCACACAUCCCACCGCCCCCCCCCCAAGUAACCUGUAGCAUCCUCAAGUUACUUGCAGUUCCCCAAACUUGCCAGGCUAUUUAGAGCCUCCACCCUGAACAAGUGCUCUUCUCAUCACCUGGAGUGCUCUUCCUGUCCUUGUUCACUAGUCACCUACUUCUGAACCAGUUUCUGUCAUUUCCAUUGCACAGCCUUCUUCAGCCACUUCAAAUGAUUAUCUUUUUCUGCUUAACAUUCAUUGAGCACUUACCUCUGCUAGGCAUUGUGCCAACCCUUAACACGUAUGACCUCAUUUAUCCUCACAGUCCUGGGAGGCAGGGCCUGGUGUCCACAAGUGCCAGGCUCAAGGUCGCAUGGCCUGAGUUCUUAGCCGCCCGGUGACACUGCCUUUUCUGGAUUUCCCUCUGCCUGGCAGAGAGCACUCAGACAUGUCAUGGUAGCCUGUGUGUGUGUGUGUGUGCACUCCUCCCCUCAUCUCUGUCCUGCCCCUAAGAGGAGGCAGCCCGCAAAACUUUGAAGAUGUUGGAAUGAGGAUGGUCAUUUUUCAUAUCCUUUAUAAACUUCUUCCAUGCUCUUUUUAUUUCUUUGUGGGAAUCGUUAAUUGAAACUUUGUUUAUAGCCAUCUACAUGGGCCUAUUGGGCUAUCUGUUGGAUUUUCAGGCUAUAAGUGUUUUUCACUUUCUGGCAUGUGGUAGCUUACUUGCUGUCUUACUUAGUGUCAUGGAGGCUGUAAAAGGGGGAGAAGACGUGAUGCUUGCCCUCUGUUUGCAGAGGCCACAUGAGAUGCAACUAGCAAUUAAAGACGAUACAUUGAGUACUUGCACUGAGUAUAUGAUUACAUAGCAUGCAAAUUCUUUGGCAUGGCAUACAAGGCCCUUCACGAUCUGAUUCUAGACACUUUUCCAGCCUUGUCUGCUACUUUCCCAUAGAGCCCCAAGGCCCCAACCAUACUGAUGUGUUUUGUGGUUCCCUGAACCUGCCAUGCUUUAAAUGUCUCUGUUCCUUUGUACAUACUUUUCUUUUUCCCAAGAAUGCCUUCUCCCUCCUACCUGCCUGGUGACUUCUUAUUCAUCUUCUAUGACAGCCUUCAGUGCAGCUUCCUUUAGACUUUUGUCUUUGGGUUUUCAUGACCUUUUUACAUUUUUUUGGCAGUGUGACCCUUAUAUCAGUUUUGUAAGUCUGUUCUGCCUGUUGAGCAUUGAGCUACUUGAGGGCAAGGCCUGUGUCUCAGUGAUGGAAAAAUGAACGAGUGACAAUGAAAAUUAGAUACGUGGAAAGGAGGGAGUGAUGUUGUUCCCACACGGCUGGUUGUCCGUCAGGAAUCACAUUUGGCUGCAGGAACAGAGAUCUGAAUAAAGGAUCUUAAAGAGAUGAGGGGUUCGUUCUCUCAGGUGAAACAAGUUUGGAGGCAGGUGGUUAAGUGCUGGUGUGUGGGUGCCGUGAUGUCAGCAGGAGUCCGGGCUCUGUGCCUCUGCUCGGCCACCUUUAAUGCAUGGCUUCCCUCCUCAAGGUAACCUCAUGGCUCCAGAUGGCUGCCAGAGUUACAGCCAUCUCAUCCAUUCCAGACAAGAAGAAAGAGAAGGGCAGUGAGUAAAGAAAAAGUGUUCUCUCCAUGCAGACAGACUUCUUGAAAAGAUGUCCAGGAUCCCACCCAACAGCUCCACCUGCAUCUCACAGGCCAGAAUGGAGUCACGUGGUCACCUCUAGCUGAAUUUUGCAGAGAUAAAUACAUGGUAACAAAUAGAGGUUAUUUGUGCAUUUAAUUUAAAAUGACAUUUCUUUUCAAAAAAAAACAGUUGUUCAAUCUGAAAAGACUUUUCUCCAAAGAAGAUAUAAAAGUGGAAAAGUGGUCAAUAAACACGUGAAAAGGUGCUCAACAUCAUUAGUCGUUAGGGAAGUGCAAAUCAAAAACACAGUGUACCACUUCACACCCUCUAGGAUGGCACUAAAAUAAAAAAGACGUAAUAACAAGUGUUGACCAGGACAUGGAGAAAUUUAAAACCUCAUACAUUACCGGUUUUGUAAAAAGAACUGUAGAAUGGUGCAGCCACUUUGGAAACCAGCUUGGUAGUUCCUGAAAAUGUUAAACAUUGAGUUAUCAUAUGACCCAGCAAUUCCAUUCCUGGGUAUCAACCCAAGAGAAUGAAAGCAUCCAUUCACAGAAAAAUUUGUACCUGAAUGUUCCAUCGUAAUAGCCGAAAAGUGGGAACAACCAAAGUGUCCAACAAAUACUGAAUGGAUCAACAAAUGGUGGUCUCUCCAUGUAAUGAAGUAUAUGAGUGAAGUACUGAUACAUGCUGUAACUUGGAUGAACCUCGAAAACAUGAUGGUAAAAGAAGCCAGUCACAAAAGACCACAUAGUGUAUGAUUCCAUUUAUAUGAAAUGUCCAGAACAGGCAGAUCUAUAGAGGCAUACAGCAGAUUAGUCGUUGCCUGGGGGGAGGAGGAAUGGAGAGUGAGUGCUAAUGGGUUUGUUGGGGUGAUGAAAAUGUUCUAAAAUUAGAUAGUGGUGAUGGUUGCACAACUGUGACUAUACUAAAAACCAUUGUACACUUUAAAA